ACGCACGUUGAAUAGACAUCCACGGAGCGCAGCGCAACACUGAUGCGCCAAGUUAAGUACCAAAACAAGACAGUGGUGUUGCAUCGUCCUGCACACACACGCCGACGUAACCAGUGUGGAGUACUGUACUGUACUACUGUGGAAGCGAAGAGGAGAACAGCGCGAACAGAGAGGGAGAGGGGACAGAAUAUGGAUAUUGGUCUUUCGUUAAACCUUUACCUCUUUUGGAUAACCUGGGAAUUCUAAAACAUCUUUUGGCAGGUUGGAGCAUCCAACAAAGAUUCUAAUUACGGGAAAACAACGAAGUGGAACGAGAAGAAGGAUUUAUAUUUUGUUCUUUCUGCUUUUUUAUUUGGUCCCCCCAACACUUUGGAAUAGUGGGCUUUGGAAUAUAGGGGAUAUAUUGGCGGGUGACGCGUCUGCCCUGGAUAAGCGAGAAGGAUGGCAGCUUGGUUCACUUUUACCAUCGCAUUCAGCACCACUGUACUGACACAGGUAUUUGGAUCCGGUGUUUUUGAGAUCGAUCUACAUGAAUUUAAAAACAGCAAAGGAUUGCUGGAGAAUGGCAACUCGUGCAGGCUCAACUGCAGGACUUUCUUUCGUGUUUGUCUUAAGAACUACCAGGCGGUCGUGUCGCCAGGUGACUGUAUCUUUGGAAAUGCCUUGACACCGGUGCUAGGGACCAACUCCUUUAGCGCCAUGGACGGGGGAGCUUUCAGUAGACCCAUCCGACUACCGUUCAACUUCGGAUGGCCGGGAUCGUUUUCUUUGAUAAUUGAAGCCUGGUAUUCACCUUCAACAGAUCUACCUGUUGACACCAGCAACCCAGAGAUGUUGAUUAGUUCCUUUUCCAUCCAGAGACAGCUGGGCGUAGGGGCCGCCUGGUCUCUGGAUGUUCAGAGCGUCCGACAGACGGAGUUAAGGUAUUCUUACCGCUUCAUCUGCAAUGACAAUUACUACGGAGAAAGUUGUUCCAAAAUAUGCACGCCAAGGGACGACCGUUUUGGCCACUACACCUGCGACCGCGAUGGCCAGUUGUCCUGUCUGCCCGGCUGGAAGGGGGAAUACUGCGAAGAACCCAUCUGCCUCGUGGGAUGCAGUGAAGGAAACGGAAACUGCUCCAGACCUGGCGAGUGUGUGUGCAGAGAAGGUUGGCAGGGUCUGUUCUGUGAUGAGUGUAAGAAGUACCCAGCGUGUAAACAUGGCACCUGCCAACAGCCUUGGCAGUGUAACUGUAAAGAGGGCUGGGGAGGGCUCUUCUGUGACCAAGAUCUGAACUUCUGCACGCACCACCGGCCGUGUGUGAACGGGGCGACCUGCAUGAACACGGGUCAAGGCAGCUAUACCUGUACCUGUCCCCCUGGGUUCACUGGGGUCAACUGUGAGCUGGAGCUGCAGGAGUGUGACAGCGACCCCUGCAGGAACGGAGGACUCUGCACGAACCUGGAUGUUGGCUACAGGUGUUCGUGUCCGCAGGGAUUCGAGGGUUCUCACUGUGAACACAGCCUGCUGACUUGUGCCGACUCCCCCUGCUUCCACAGCGGACAGUGCCAUCAGAAGGACAACGGGCAUAGCUACAUCUGCGAGUGUCCUCCCGGAUACACAGGACUCAACUGUGAGAAGAGAGUGGACAAGUGCACAUCUCUUCCCUGCGCCAACGGCGGUCUGUGUUUGAUCCACGGUGGCGUGCGUCUGUGUAGCUGUCGCUCCGGUUUCACCGGCCAGCGCUGCGAGAUCAACAUCAACGAGUGUGCCGGGAACCCCUGCGCCAACGGAGGGACCUGCCUGGACCGUAUCAACGACUACACCUGUCACUGCCCCCAAGGGUACGUCGGACGAAACUGCGACCGUGGCCUGUACGAGUGCUCCAGCAACCCCUGUCUUAACGGAGGGCUCUGCACCGGGGGAGGGGGGCCGGGGAAACCCCCUGCCACCUGUAUCUGUCCCGUCGGCUUUACCGGAUCACACUGCCAGUUCUUUGCUGUGACCCUGCCGGUGGGCGGGGAGAGGAUCAAUGGAGAGAGCCAAGAUGGCUUCCAGUGGGCGGCAGUUUCCUUGGCUGUAGGGCUGGUUGCAUUACUGGUGCUGCUAUGCAUGGUUGGGCUUGCUCUACGGCACAUCCACAGGCGGACCGGCAGGGACAGGGGAGAUGGGGAGACCAUGAACAACCUAUCAGAUGUACAGAGGGAUAACCUAAUCCCCGCCUCCCAGCUGAAGAACACCAAUCAGAAGGUUGGACUGGAGGUGGACUGCGAAUCAGAGAAGUCAAACUUCAUCCAUAAGAACUAUCAAUUGGACUCGUAUAGUAACGCAAAGUCGAAGGAGUUGAAAGAUGAUACGUCGCAAGAGGAUAGAAGCAAAAGUCAUGUGAUCUAUGACACGUGUUUAGAAGAGAAAAUACCUCUGGGUAGAAUGUACAGUGAAAAGUCGGAGUGUAGGAUAUCAACGAUAUGUUCCCCUCGAGACGCUCAGAUCUACCAGUCCGUCUUUGUUAUAGGAGAGGAGCGGAGGGCGUGCGUCAUAGCAACAGAGGUAUAAGCUGCGAGGGGUAUGAAGAAGCGAGGGAGCGAUAGAGGAGAAACACAAUCGAGGCAGAAUUUUUUUUUCUUUUUUUUUCUGGAUUGUUUACAAAAAAAUCUGAGAAAAGACUGGAGACUGUUUCUGAUGUCACCUUUUGAUGUCACUGCUGAUGUCACUGCCGAUGUCACUGGUGAUGUCACUGGUGAUGUCACUGCCGAUGUCACUGCCGAUGUCACUGGUGAUGUCACUGCCGAUGUCACUGCCGAUGUCACUGCCGAUGUCACUGGUGAUGUCACUGCCGAUGUCACUAGUGAUGUCACUGCCGAUGUCACUGGUGAUGUCACUGCCGAUGUCACUAGUGAUGUCACUGCCGAUGUCACUGCCGAUGUCACUAGUGAUGUCACUGCCGAUGUCACUGCUGAUGUCACUGCCGAUGUCACUGCCGAUGUCACUGCCGAUGUCACUAGUGAUGUCACUGCCGAUGUCACUGCCGAUGUCACUGCUGCUCUGGAACACUUGAGAGAUGGCGAGAGAGAGACGAUGAGACAGAGAUGGACGAACCUUCUCCUCUUCUCUGUAAACAAACUAAUGAACACUUUAUUGACCGAGUGUUUGUAUACAAAACGUGUACAGUAGCGGUCAUGAACCUAUUGACUUCUGGGAACGGUUAAACAAAUGGUUAAAUCAACUGGUAAAAUGGUUAAAAGACUGACUGAACUUGAAUGUCAGCAAGCAAAACAACAAACUUGAACUGAACUCAUCUGUCAUUGGCAGCAAUGGAGGAGAGACUAGGUGAAACAAGACAAAUGGCCCGGAGCUCGUAGUUGACCCCUGACCUCUCAGUUGACCCCUGCCCGACCUAAUCAUGGGGACUUCGACAGCCAACUAAUCAAAAUGGAGGUGCCUGAGAUCUUUAAUCCCUAGCCAGCAUCAUUCACCAGCUAUGCAAGACCCAAGGUCCAGGGUGGAGCCAACUCGCUGAAACUGACCAACCAACCGCAAACAACCGACUGACUAGUUGAUGAAAACCACAGACUAACCACAGACUAACCACAGACUAACCACAGACUAACCACAGACUAACCACUGAGAACGAUGAAUGUCUGACUGAACAAACGUCUCAACUGUCAGUCACUCCGAACAAAACGCCUGGUCGGACUUUUCCAGACUUUUUCAUUCCAUGCAACUGGGUGAAAAGAUGCGGCCCAAAAUGACUAGAAGCCUAAACAAGAGUUUCAAUGCUAAAACUAAACACUUGUCUCUCCACGGAGCACAAAGAAAAACACAGGUGGGGAAAAAAAUGUUUUUCCAUCAACAGGAAUUUGGAGGAGGAGGAUAUAUCCCAAAUGGAGCCCUAUUCCCUAUAUAGUACACUACUAUAGACCAGAGCCCUAUUCCCUAUAUAGUACACUACUAUAGACCAUAGCCCUAUUCCCUAUAUAGUACACUACUAUAGACCAGAGCCCUAUUCCCUAUAUAGUACACUACUAUAGACCAGAGCCCUAUUCCCUAUAUAGUACACUACUAUAGACCAUAGCCCUAUUCCCUAUAUAGUACACUACUAUAGACCAGAGCCCUAUUCCCUAUAUAGUACACUACUAUAGACCAGAGCCCUAUUCCCUAUAUAGUGUACUACUAUAGACCAGAGCCCUAUUCCCUAUAUAGUACACUACUAUAGACCAUAGCCCUAUUCCCUAUAUAGUACACUACUAUAGACCAGAGCCCUAUUCCCUAUAUAGUACACUACUAUAGACCAGAGCCCUAUUCCCUAUAUAGUGUACUACUAUAGACCAGAGCCCUAUUCCCUAUAUAGUACACUACUAUAGACCAUAGCCCUAUUCCCUAUAUAGUACACUACUAUAGACCAGAGCCCUAUUCCCUAUAUAGUACACUACUAUAGACCAGAGCCCUAUUCCCUAUAUAGUGGCACUACUAUAGACCAGAGCCCUAUUCCCUAUAUAGUGUACUACUAUAGAGCAGAGCCCUAUUCCCUAUAUAGUGGUACUACUAUAGACCAGAGCCCUAUUCCCUAUAUAGUACACUACUAUAGACCAGAGCCCUAUUCCCUAUAUAGUGGCACUACUAUAGACCAGAGCCCUAUUCCCUAUAUAGUGGCACUACUAUAGACCAGAGCCCUAUUCCCUAUAUAGUGGUACUACUAUAGACCAGAGCCCUAUUCCCUAUAUAGUGUACUACUAUAGAGCAGAGCCCUAUUCCCUAUAUAGUGGUACUACUAUAGACCAGAGCCCUAUUCCCUAUAUAGUGGUACUACUAUAGACCAGAGCCCUAUUCCCUAUAUAGUGGUACUACUAUAGACCAGAGCCCUAUUACCUAUAUAGUGGCACUACUAUAGACCAGAGCCCUAUUCCCUAUGUAGUGGUACUACUAUAUACCAGAGCCCUAUUCCCUAUAUAGUGGUACUACUAUAGACCAGAGCCCUAUUCCCUAUAUAGUGCACCAGAGCCCUAUUCCCUAUACAGUGCACUACUAUAGAACAGAGCCCUAUUCCCUAUAUAGUGGUACUACUAUAGACCAGAGCCCUAUUCCCUAUAUAGUGGUACUACUAUAGAGCAGAGCCCUAUUCCCUAUAUAGUGGUACUACUAUAGACCAGAGCCCUAUUCCCUAUAUAGUGGCACUACUAUAGACCAGAGCCCUAUUCCCUAUAUAGUGGUACUACUAUAGACCAGAGCCCUAUUCCCUAUAUAGUGUACUACUAUAGAGCAGAGCCCUAUUCCCUAUAUAGUGGUACUACUAUAGACCAGAGCCCUAUUCCCUAUAUAGUACACUACUA